GAGAUGACCCAUUACAGUUUGGGUCAGAAUGAUGUUCUAACAUUCCAGCACUUCUCCACCUUAUCCUCUGUACUCAUGUGGACAGCAUAUGGAGAACUUUGAUUGGUGGACCGCUCACCCUGUCAUAGUUUGUGUAUGAAUGUGUGCAUGGGCUUGGUGUUUAUAGUAUUUUCCUAGAUGGCACUUUAAUCUGGAGAAGCUGGAAUAUACAUAUUGCUUUAUUCAAAGUGACUGUCAGGAGAGGAGCCCUGGUCCUGCUUGGUACUGUACUUUUCACUUCUUUUAGGAACCGGAGGAAUGAAGGAAGGAAUGAUGUGAGGGCCUGGAAGGCCCGGAAGUGUAGUCUUUUACCCUGAAGCACAGCUAGGGAAUGGACACAGCCUCUCCUCACCAGCCUCAGAUCGACAUGGAGGGCUACUACACUCUUCUGCAGGUUGGCACUAAGCUGGAGACCACACUGCAGCAGGUGUCAAUUCCUGUGAGUAUGAAAGAGGUGGCCGGCUAUAUUGAGAAGCAAGUGGCUUAUUUAUCAGGGGGCCGUGGUGAGGAUUCUAGUGUCAUCAUUACCUUGCCAGAGUGCUCAGAAUUCAGUGAUAUUCCAGAAGAGGCUCUGGCUAAAGUCCUCACAUAUCUCACACUGAUUCCACGAGCACGGCAACCAGGAGUAAAGUUUAUCAUCAUUUUGGACCGAAGGCUGGAUACCUGGAAUUCCAUAAAAACAGCACUUGCAAGGAUAGCGGCAUCUUUUCCAGGGACACUUCACCUAGUGCUUGUUCUGAGACCGACCAGCUUCUUCCAGCGCACAUUUACAGACCUUGUCUUCCGCUUCAGCCAAGAGGACUUUAUGCUCAAGUUACCCGUUGUGAUGCUGAGCUCAGUGACUGACCUUCUGCGCUACAUUAAUGAGAAGCAACUCACUUCUGAAUUUGGAGGCACUCUAGACUACUGCCAUAGUGACUGGAUCUUCCUCAGAACUGCUAUAGAGAGUUUCGCAGUGACGGUGAAGGACAUCGCUCAGAUGCUGCAGGGCUUUGGCACAGAGCAAGCUGAGAUGGAAUUAUCGCAGGAGAGCAAUGCCAUCGAGUUGCUGCUGCUGUCACACACUGAGAAGUACAGGAGACUUAAGGAUGCUAUCAGCUCAGUCAUGAGGGAGGGACGCUACCUGCUGUCCAGUCUGGAGGCUUCUGGGAAAGAGGAGAAUAAAGAUACACACUGGGACAUAACACAGGACUGGGACACAGUGCAGAGGCUGCUCGCCCAGCUCAGAGAGAUGGAGAUGGCUUUUGAUGAUUUUUUUGACAAGCACCACCUCAAACUUCAGCAAUACCUGCAGUUGCUAAGAUAUGAGCACAGCUUUCAAGAGAUGGAGAGUUCCUUGGAGAAGUUGAGCGCUCAGGAGAGGAAGCUUGUUGUCACAGGAGAAACACUGGCUCAGACAGAGCAGAUCAUCAAAGAGUUGGAUAUUCUGGAGAAAAGAACCCAGGAUGAAAUGACUCGGGCCCAGGUGAUGAUAUUGCAUGGACACCAGUUGGCUGCUGGUCAUCAUUAUGCCUCGCCUUUGAUUGUACAGCGCUGUAAUGAACUCCGACACCACUGUGACACACUGAACUCUGCCAUCAGUGCUAAAUGCAAAACACUCAUACAAGUGCAGGCCUUACUGCAACAUCUACAGGAGGCCCAGAAGUGGUGUGAGGAUGGCACAUACCUCUUGGCCAAUCAGCAGUUAGAAAAAUUUCACUCUAAAGAAGGUGCUCAGGCAGCUCUGAGUGAUUUAGAAAAGUUCCAGGAGGGGGCGCCAGCACUCCUUAAUGCUGGGACAGACUUGCUCUUUAUGGAAUAUGAAGGAGUUCUCACUCCUCAGUUACAAACCCAUAUAGAGAAGACAUUUGAGAAGUAUGCCUCUGUACAGAAUCUAUUCCAGACUAGACAGACUUGCCUGAAGAAAUUAGCAGACAAACAUGUGCGGCCAGUACAGCUGGUAGCACCUCGACCAGAGAACCCACCGCGUUCUAAGUCUCCAGUCUUUUCCCCCAAACAUGAUCUAAAUUCAAGCAUAAAAUUCACCUUUGACUUCUCAGGCAAAAGAGCAACACGGAAAAGCCCAAACUCUAGAAAGAUUGAGGUGUUGCACGACUAUCAGAACCGUAACUCUCUGUCCUAUGUUUUGGAUGGCGAGGAGGGAGCAGACCUACUUAAACAUCGCGUAAUGAGGGAGCUGAUUGAGACAGAGCGAAUAUACGUAGAAGAGCUUCUGACUGUGUUGCUGGGCUACAGGGCUGAGAUGGACAACCCCUCUCUCUCAUCUCUGCUUCCCACUAGCCUGCGUAACAAGAGAGAUAUACUGUUUGGAAACUUGCCUGAUAUCUACAAUUUUCACAGCAGAGUAUUCUUGCAAGACCUGGAGAGCUGCUUGGACACGCCUGAAGCUGUGGGAGCAUGUUUUCUAGAACGGAAAGAGAACUUCCAGGUAUACGAAUGCUAUUGUCAGAACAAGCCACGAUCUGAGUCCUUAUGGAAGCAGUUUUCUGACUGUGCCUUUUUCCGGGAGUGCCAAAAGAAGCUGGAACACAAACUGGCUCUGGAUUCCUACCUGCUGAAACCGAUUCAGCGUCUUACCAAAUACCAACUCUUACUGAAGGAAUUGUUAAAGUACAGCUCAGGUUGUGAGAGGGUCUCUGAGCUGCAAGGUGCACUAACUGCCAUGCUGGACUUACUGAAGUCAGUGAAUGAUUCUAUGCACCAGAUCGCCAUCACAGGAUAUGAUGGUGAUCUGUGUGAUUUGGGCCGGGUCUUGAUGCAGGGCUCCUUCAGUGUGUGGAUCAGUCAUAAGAGGGGGGCGACGCGGAUGAAGGAGCUUGCACGCUUCAAACCCAUGCAGAGGCAUCUGUUCCUGUACGAACGUGCACUCUUGUUCUGCAAGCGCAGGGAAGAUCAUGGCGAGCACGCUAAUAAGACACCUUCCUACAGCUUCAAAAAUUGUCUUAAGAUGAGUGCUGUGGGCAUCACCGAGAAUGUAAAAGGAGAUGUAAAGAAGUUUGAGAUCUGGUACAGUGGAAGAGAAGAGGUAUAUGUUGUGCAGGCACCGACAGCGGAGGUCAAACUUGCCUGGUUGAGCGCAAUUCGAAAAAUUCUCACCAACCACCAGAAAUAUAAAGGUGAACUGUGUCACUCCAACCCAUUGGCUGAGCACUUUCCUCUGUCUCCGCCCCUCUCUGAGAGCAUGAAGCAAAGAGCGUCAGUCAGCUCGGAGGACAUGGAGUCGGGCCACAGCAGUCCAGACCCGUGGAGCCGAUCUCCAAAACGCCGGGACACCAGACACAGUUGGUCAGGUUGGUCAGGUAUCAUUCACUCGGUUGAUAUCUGUGAAGAUCUAGAGGACUGGAGUGGAGCAAAUCUCUCUAACUUGUCUGAUACGGAAGAAGAGGACACCGUCCGUUUGUCUCCAAGUAAAUCCAAGGCUGCAGCAGGCUCUCAGACAUAUGGUCCAGAUGACCUCAUCAUUAAGUGUGGUGAUGUCAUACAGUUGCAGCAAGAGGAGAACGGUGGUCGCUGGGUGAUGAAGAGCCUGAGCAAGAAACAGAACAGACUUUCUGUUCCAAACCUGCAUGGUUUUCCAGGAAGCUGCAGCAGAGGGCCCUCCAAACUGCAAGAACGUGGAAAACUGAAAACAUGGAAGCUCAGCUCCCUCUAGACUUCAUGCUGUUUGUCUUUUGGCAUGUUCAGCCUCAUGGCUAUGUGAGCUUUAUCCAUGCCACUCAAACACAACGCUGUGCUCUGUUCUUCAAAGAGAUGGGUCCUGUAGCCUAAGGUUUUUAUUAUGAUGUUUUUAUUUUGGAUUUGGAACUUAUACUUAUUCAAAUGUUAUUUCCUGCAUUCAAGAAAAAAAAAACCCUAAAAAGCCUUUGACAGAAGUUACUGGACACCAUACUGGAGUGUUUGUGCAAAUGGAAUGAUGAGAGCACUAGGGCAUUGCACUUGUUUCAAGGUCUAUAUAAAUCACUCCAAAUCAGUUGCCCAUGACAGAGGAAGGACUUCCAGUGCUUUGAAUUCAGUUUGGGUGUCUUGUGGAUUUGAGAGACCCACAUAUUGACUGGACUUACAGUAAUGCUUGACAGAUUUGCUCUGGCAAAGAGACAUUACAGCCAAACACUAUAGCACUGUGGUGCGCCAUUUAAAACACAUCGAAGCAUUUUUUAAUAUUUUUUUUUUACCAUCAAUUUUUGUACCAUCAAUUUUUCAGUGUUUUCCAAGAUCCAACUUCGAAGAACUGACAAAAGGACCAGCAGUUUAUUUGGUACUCUAUUGCUAUUUCCAUCCUUCCAGCCUCAGCACAUGCCUUCUCCAUCAGCACGAAUGUGGACGUGAGAUGCGAACUUUUGUGCAUUUGGACUACCUAUUCAAUCCAUUUCAAAUAAAAAAAAACCUUGUCAAGUUCUUUGAAUGCUUUAGGCACAAUAACAUGUGAUUGCAUAAAGUAGAAUUUCAUUAACAAACUGUGGGCAGUACUGUAACUUUCCUUCCCCCAGAUCAUUUUAGAAGCAUUUGAAACAAAUUUAAGGUCCCAGAAUCCUUUAAAUAUUAAAACUAUAAAAGUCCUACUGAAAAAGCAUUUGGGAGAAAGUCAGUGUAUUAUUAAAACACGUAUGUAUGAAGAACCUUAAUUAAGUCAUGAGGGCCAGAGAUUAACGUACAAGUUGACUCGAAACAUACCUAGUUUAUUUCUCCAUUUAAUACAUCUCGGCUUCAUAUUAGAGAAGGUUCUACCGCCGACAUGAAAUGUGCCUACUGGGUUCAGCGCAUAAUUAAAUAUUGAUUGUGGACUUAUAUGAAUUUACCACAUCAAAUCAAGCCCCCAGUUGGAGGGCUGUCUUUGAUAUGCCUGCGUUUGAAGUGGAAAUGAGUUUGGUGAAGCAGCAGGAUCGACUCCAAAGUGCACAUUUCUUUACGGUGCUAAUUUAUUUAUUUUGCUAGUAAGUUUUUACUUUACACCUCAGAAUGCUAUGCAAACCACCCAAAAUCUGUAGCAUUUUUGUGAUACAGACAUCACACACUUUUAUUUCCAGUUUGUUGUGCCUGAAAAGCUUUAAAUGAUGUACAUAAUUGAUUCAUUUUGACUAUGCACUACACUGUAAAUGUAACAACUUUAGCACUUAUGGACCAUUUUUUUCAUGUAAAUGUACAUUUGUAAUAUACAUGUUUAAAUAAAUGAUUUUAUAGAAAUGCACUUUGAAUUGGUCUUUCUCACUCUCUCGCUCUCUCUGAAAAGCCGCUGAAAUGGUUGAAAGGCCUUGAUCAGCGUUGGGGAGGAUCCAGCAUUUUUUUUUUUUUUUCAGAAUUGGGCCAAGAGUCUUUUUAGGCACACACAAUCACAAAGUCGGCUUUGAGUGUCAGAUAUUCUCAGAUUACCACAUUUCUUCUUUUCCUCUGAAGUGUGUGAGUUCAAAGCUGUAGCGCUGCUUGGUCUUUCGUCUCUACAAGAUGAAUUUAUGAACUGAUUUCUGCCAGUCCAGUAGGGAUGGGAGGGGGUUGUUGCAUGACAUGCAUUUAGAAUCUUGUCCUAUUUUUGUGCCCACUUUAAAGAAAUUGACUUAAAAUACACUUUUAUACGUUGUUUGUUGAGAAGCAAUUGACUUGGAAGUAACACGGUCAAGUAUUUUACUUUUUUUCUUUUUCAUAUAUAAAAAUCAGUCCCCUCAAAGGCUUACAUUAAGAUUGCUUUAUUUAAAAAUAUGCAAAUACAGGGAUUAAAACUGUAAUUAGAUUAAGAAUUUGUCAACAAUUCCAACAUCAUUUCUUUAAGGAGAAUUACACUUACUACUUUUUUAGUCUAUGGUUUCUUCAGUAUUUAGAUCUAAAGACAACAGCUGCAUUAUAUUGG